GAUUGCCUGAGUCACAAGAUUUGUAAAUGGUAUAUAUGGAGUUCAUCUGUCCUAACAAUAAACACUUAAGAUGGACAGAUGCAUCGUCGCCGUGGUCACCCUGUGUAUGGUCCUAGUGAUGGUCAGCUGCCAUAGACCACAGAAACCGAACUUCAUUGUGAUGCUAAUGGAUGAUAUGGGAUGGGGCGACCUGGGAGUGUUUGGAGAACCAAACAAAGAAACACCAAACCUCGACAAAAUGGCUGCUGAGGGGAUGCUAUUUCCAGACUUCUACUCUGCAAACCCAAUCUGCUCUCCAUCACGGGCCUCUCUGCUGACAGGACGUCUGCCAAUCAGGAAUGGAUUCUACACAACCAACACCCAUGCUCAUGACUCCUACACCCCUCAGAUCAUUAUGGGAGGCAUUCCAGACUCAGAAAUUCUCUUAUCGGAACUAUUGGGAGAGGCUGGGUACCGUAACAAGAUCGUUGGUAAAUGGCAUUUGGGACACCGCCCCCAGUACCUACCGCUCAAACAUGGCUUCCAUGAGUGGUUUGGUGCCCCCAACUGUCACUUUGGACCCUACGAUGAUAUUAACACACCAAACAUACCUGUCUACAGAGAUGCAGAAAUGUCUGGCAGGUACUACGAGCAGUUUAUCAUAGACAAAAAUACGGGGCUGUCCAACUUAACUCUCAUGUAUCUGGAUGAAGGGGUUAAGUUUAUUCAGAACCAGACUCUCAGAGGUCAGCCAUUUUUCCUGUAUUGGACCCCAGAUGCCACCCAUGAUCCGUUGUAUGUGUCAGAGAAGUUCUACCAGACCAGCAGACGUGGCAGGUACGGAGAUGCAGUGCGGGAACUUGACUAUGCAGUGGGUGAGAUUUUGAAGACACUGAAGCUGCUAGACAUUGAGAAGAACACAUUCGUUUUUUUCACAUCAGACAAUGGAGCAGCAACUUAUGCCAAAACUUCAGCGGGCAGUAAUGGGCCGUUCCUGUGUGGGAAGCAGACAACAUUUGAGGGAGGUGUGAGGGAGCCAGCCAUAGCCUGGUGGCCGGGGACAAUACCAGCAGGACAGGUGUCUCAUCAGGUGGGGUCAACUAUGGAUCUGUACACCACCCUUCUGGACCUGGCUGGCGUCAAGGUCCCAACAGACAGACCUAUAGAUGGCAUCAGCCUGCGCUCUACUCUCGUUAACAACGCUGUAGUCCAGAGACCAGUGUUUUACUACCGCGGGAACGAGCUGAUAGCAGUCAGGCUUGGACAGUACAAAACUCACCUCUGGACGUUUACCAAUCCAAUCGAGGAAUUCAACAGAGGUGUGGACUUUUGUCCUGGGCAGUACAUACAAAAUGUGACGACACAUGACCAAAUUCACCAUGAUCCACCACUACUGUUCCAUCUUGGAAGAGACCCUGGGGAGAAAUACUUCAUCAAAAGCCAUACUGAGGAGUAUAUGAAGGUGUUACCAAUGAUACAGAAGGCCAUAGAUGAGCACAGAAAACACAUGGUACCAGGUGAACCACAGCUCAACAUGUGUGACCGGGCCGUCAUGAACUGGGCUCCCCCUGGAUGUGACAAGGGAGAUAACAAGUGCCUGACAGCCCCUCCCUCGAAACCUCAUCUGUGUAGCUGGCCACAUUGAAGAAAUCAUGAUUGUCACAGAGUAUACAGUUGUAUGUAUUCUCCGAUAAGUAUUUCUAUUAGGAAGAGGGACAACUAUCAGUCUUUGUGUAUGGAAGGGUAACAACCACUAGCAUUUCUGUAUGUAAGAGGACCAACAUCAAGUGUUUAUGGAAGGAACCUUUGACCACCAAAACAAACUGUAUGGUGGGGGACCAACCACCAGUGUUUCUGUAUGGUGGGGACAUUGAACCACCAAAAUUACUAUGGAGGGGGACCAACCACCAUGGUUAUACAGUGUUAUUAACUAUAUAGAGUGGAUUGCAAUGUUUCUGACAUGUUAGUGUUCAAGACCGAUUUUGUCUUUGAUAUCCAGUGUAACAGGGGCUGUGGACAGUCAACUGAUAAAAAAACCAUAACAGUAAAACAGUACACAUUUUAUAGAGUUGUACACGAUUGGAUUUAUUCUCUACACCAUACACAUCACCCAAGUUAUCAACCCCCUCAUUAUUGGACAGUACAUGUACAGAAAACGUGACACAAUACACAUCACACAAGUUAUCAACCACCUCGUUAAUGGACAGUAUAGAGAAUGUGACACAAUACACAUCACACAAGUUAUCAACCACCUCGUUAAUGGACAGUAUAGAGAAUGUGACACAAUACACAUCACACAAGUUAUCAACCACCUCGUUAAUGGACAGUAUAGAGAAUGUGACACAAUACACAUCACACAAGUUAUCAACCACCUCGUUAAUGGACAGUAUAGAGAAUGUGACACAAUACACAUCACACAAGUUAUCAACCACCUCGUUAAUGGACAGUAUAGAGAAUGUGACACAAUACACAUCACACAAGUUAUCAACCACCUCGUUAAUGGACAGUAUAGAGAAUGUGACACAAUACACAUCACACAAGUUAUCAACCACCUCGUUAAUGGACAGUAUAGAGAAUGUGACACAAUACACAUCACACAAGUUAUCAACCACCUCGUUAAUGGACAGUAUAGAGAAUGUGACACAAUACACAUCACACAAGUUAUCAACCACCUCGUUAAUGGACAGUAUAGAGAAUGUGACACAAUACACAUCACACAAGUUAUCAACCACCUCGUUAAUGGACAGUAUAGAGAAUGUGACACAAUACACAUCACACAAGUUAUCAACCACCUCGUUAAUGGACAGUAUAGAGAAUGUGACACAAUACACAUCACACAAGUUAUCAACCACCUCGUUAAUGGACAGUAUAGAGAAUGUGACACAAUACACAUCACACAAGUUAUCAACCACCUCGUUAAUGGACAGUAUAGAGAAUGUGACACAAUACACAUCACACAAGUUAUCAACCACCUCGUUAAUGGACAGUAUAGAGAAUGUGACACAAUACACAUCACACAAGUUAUCAACCACCUCGUUAAUGGACAGUAUAGAGAAUGUGACACAAUACACAUCACACAAGUUAUCAACCACCUCGUUAAUGGACAGUAUAGAGAAUGUGACACAAUACACAUCACACAAGUUAUCAACCACCUCGUUAAUGGACAGUAUAGAGAAUGUGACACAAUACACAUCACACAAGUUAUCAACCACCUCGUUAAUGGACAGUAUAGAGAAUGUGACACAAUACACAUCACACAAGUUAUCAACCACCUCGUUAAUGGACAGUAUAGAGAAUGUGACACAAUACACAUCACACAAGUUAUCAACCACCUCGUUAAUGGACAGUAUAGAGAAUGUGACACAAUACACAUCACACAAGUUAUCAACCACCUCGUUAAUGGACAGUAUAGAGAAUGUGACACAAUACACAUCACACAAGUUAUCAACCACCUCGUUAAUGGACAGUAUAGAGAAUGUGACACAAUACACAUCACACAAGUUAUCAACCACCACCUUAAUGGACAGUAUAGAGAAUGUGACAAGACUUCAAUGAAGUAUGAAGUACAACAAUGUGUUGUAUGUGUUACAUAUAUUGUUGUACAUUGAUAAGUUAAAAGUGUUCUCUCCCAUAAAAUAGUCACAUAAAUUACUCCCAAUUAUCAGCCAACUUCAAAAACAACACAAACAUUUCCUUUCCAGAAAAUAGAAUUUCUUUAAUGUCCAUUCAGGAUGCUUACUUUUAACAUAUUCAUUCUUUGCCAUCUUCCAUUCCACAGUUACUGAAACAGAAACUAAAUCACUCUCCAUAUAUAUAUAACAUGUAUCAAACUUAGGUGGUAUAUUUAUUGGCAAAGAAAACCGUUUUAAGAUACAAUGAGCAUUUUAUUUGACUACCAGUGUCAUGGUGUUAUAUAACUUGUUUUGACAAUGUUUUUCUCUCCUAAACUUCAACGGUAUAAAGGUAGACAUACUCUGUAUGUCAGUCGGGUCAUUCUUCCUACUUAAUCAUUACAAUCUACUUACUAUGGCAGUUUCUCUCUCAGAGUAACUGUUGAAUGUCAAACAGAAAAAGUUCUUAUCGAUAUACAUAUAGUUUUAAACUAUCUUUAUAUCAAUUAUGGUGGGAAAUUCUCCUAUCUAUAAGAAAAUCAAUGUAUAUAUCACAUCAGACUUGCUAAAUUGGCAAUAAAGUUUUCAAUCUUGUAUAAUGAUUCUUAAUAUUAAUAAUUUCAAUAAUUUUGAUAUGCAUGUUGCAGAAAAGGGAAUUAAGGCCUUUUUUUAACCUUAUUAUCAAAUAACAUCUUAUUGUAUUUCUGAAUUGUAAUCACAGACAUGUUACAAAUGCUUUUUUGAAAAUCAAUUUACAUAAUUACUGGUAUAUGGAGGUCACUUGAUUUUCUGAAUUCUUCAUCACAGUUAAAGUCAAGAUGAAACUGUCACAAAUUAUAUUUUCAGAGCUAAGGGAUCAUCUGUUUAUACAUAAAUAAAUUUAUUUUUCU